AUGUCACACAUCACCAAUGGUGGCAGAAUCGUGCCCAUACUUGAGGGCACCUCUUGUCACAAUGGUGCCCUCGAAAAUCGUCAACCCUUGGACGUCUCUCUUCCCUCACUCACUCCUUCUCUGAUCUCUGCUUCUCUUGUUCCUUCAGCAACCAUGCCUCGCGUGUCGCAGGACCGACACGCUAAGCGAGUCAAGCCAGUGGACCACGCGAGCUUGCAGAUGCCCUCUCUACAAGAAAGAGGUCUAUAUGCGCAUCCCACUGAAGGUGAUGGGAAUUGUCUCUACUACUCCCUCUCCGAUCAACUGUAUGGCAACACCCACCAUGCAGACGAAAUCCGCCAGCUCUUAGCCAAUCACAUGGCCGCAAACAAAGACUAUUUCAUGCAAUUUGUCGUUGCUGAAGGUGGCGAGCGUCGUCGUCCCAGACGUGCGGCCGCAUCUGCAUAUGCAACUCGCUCGGCCACUGUUUCCGCUCCAUCCCAUCAGGACAUGGAGCGCCGAUUCCAGGAAAUGAUUGCUACCUCCCGUAAGAAUGGGGAAUGGGGUAGCUCUGAACAUCUCCAGGCAUUCUGUCAGGUCUUCAAAGUUGAUCUGAAUGUCUACACCAUGCAAGGUGUCUCAGAGUUUCGUGAUAUCAACGCGGUUCCUGGUGAACCUCGAAACGUUUUACAUGUAGCCUUCCACGAUUUCAAACAUUACUCUUCCGCACGGGUUAUCAACGGCUCUCAUGAUGGACUUUAUGCCAAGCUGAAGCCUGUUCCCCAAACUGAGAAGAUUCGGCCUCAGGCCUUCCCGGAUUUGAAAUCUGAGAUUGACCACAAGCAAAGUAUUCUGCCCGAAGAGAAAACGGGUGACCAUAUCAAGCAAAGUCGGACUGAAGCCACAGCGGAUUUGAAAACCAAAGUUCAUCCUAAUCAACCUUCGUCCGAAGGGGAGGCCGUUGAUGAUACCAGGGGGAGCCAGUCUGAAGUCUCAAGAUCGGACGACCUUUCCAGCAAACAACGCACCUCACAUAAAAUAGAGACUGCUGAUCAUGUGGAAGAAACUCAGCAUGCAGCCAUCUCGGACUCCAAGUCCGAGACGGACCACAAGCAAAUCACUCCCCCGAAAAUAGCCCAACAGCCAAAGGCGUUGGUCUUGAUCCCGUCCAAAGAACGGAUGUACCAUCAGCGAAAGCUGUUUGCCACGCCGGAAACGAUGGAAUGUCUCGGUGGCAAAUACGACCGGGAAACCAUAGUGGAUAUGCUUCAGAAAUGUCGUGGCGACAUAGACCGUGCCUUUGCCGCCUUGCUGGACGACCAAAUCGAUGUGCCAUUUGACAAGAAAGCCGUCCCUAUGCCUGUCAAGCCAAGCUUGCAGGCAUCGCGCUCCUCGUCUCCCUUUAGUACAGGGAGCAAGCGAUCCGCGGAGGACAGCGAUGAUUCGGAGGACCCUCGUCCUGCCCGACGCAGACGGCCCAGGAAACGCCUAGUCUCAAAUCUUACCUUGGGCGUCGGCAUCUCAUUUAGAGAUGAGCAGGAUGAGGUCGUCUCCCUGAAUCUUCGGGUCAGUCAUUCAUCCAAUACUUACUUUUAG